AUGCUGACCUUAUUUGAGUUUGCCAUCGCUUUGUGUCAAACCUAUUCAUCCAAGAAAACGUUAAACACAACUAGUCCUGCGGCUAGUACGAGUGGGAAUACGACCGUCGAAGACGGUCCUGAGUAUGCGCAAAACGGUGGUUUACUAGGCCUCUUCCAAAACAACAACGCCAUGCCAAAUGCUAGUAAGAGCCUCGACGAUAGCGUGCAAGUCCUCGUGCCCCAGCCGAAGAGGGCUCGUACGAAGCAAGGAGACGACGAUGUCAACACAACCACCGACUGGCUAAAAGUAGUUCUCAACGAACAGGAGGUGGAUCCUAGCAGCGAAACUUGUGAUUACUACUUCCAACCUCCCUCCUCUCUGUCGCAACAAAAAGCGCCAACUAAUUCCGACGCUGCAUUCGCCACGCCAUUCGUUUUCAAAUCUGUAAAUCCUGCUAGAAAUCUUUUAACACCUGGUGAAUCACCUUAUCCACCCAGGAGACAAGAUUCGUGUUUCACCUCAUCUUUCUCGGCGAACGUCCUCUCCGAAGAUCUAGUGGGCAAGGUGGUCGAGGUUCUGGGUACCGUGGUGGAAGAAAUCAAAGGCGACAUCCGGAGAACCUUCGUGUUUCAGAACAAAGGUAAGGUUAUGCAACAAUUUUCUUUUACGCUCGAGAGAAACAACACGAAACCCGAGGGAAAGGAUGUACAACGAAUGUUUUUUUUUUCAUGCGUCUGUGUCUACGCAGCCUACGAUUGGGAGUUUAAUAAACUCGUAAAUGAAACUUCCUUCCCACUUCCUGCAAAUAAACCGCAACCCUUAAAAACCGUGGAUCAUCUGCGUACCAUACUCUCUGCUCCCAAUUCAGCAAAUUCUCUAGCGCAUGAAGCAGAAAUUUAUCGUCAUACGUUCGAUUUUUAUUGUCAAAUUACUGCGUUUCUAACAGUAGUUCAAAUAUUUUUUGAAUCCGUGGUCAUGGACUUUUUGUGUGAACGUGAAGAGGAUUUGCGUAUGAGACGCAUGUCAAUUGAUAGAUUCAUGAACAUUUUUCACGACGAUGACAAUUUCUUCCAACCUCCUCGACCAUCUAAUAAUGAUAGUGAAUUAAAUAAUAACAAUGAGAAUUUAGAUGCUUUUAAUUGGUACUAUCAUGGAGUUGUACGUCCCCAACCACAGUAUUAUUAUGACCUUUCGGUUCGUCUUCGAUCUUUUUCAGUUAACUUUAGCACUUUAGAAACGGUCGAAUCGAUUUUGUCAAUGUUUUACACAAAGCAUUUCUUAAAUGUAUUCGCCAAAGAACAUCAAAAAGAUCACGGUCAAUUUUACACUCCGAGAGAGGUAAUGCGUUUCAUGUGGGAUCGCGUUUUGCUCGGCAAUGCUCUGGUCGAAAAACUUGGUGGAGGCUCCAUUCAGUCCACCUCAAAUUUUCCGAGCUUUUCAACUCACCCGUCCUCAAACGCGUCCUCCUGGGAAUCUCUCCCGCAAUCUCCCAAAGUGUUAGACCCUUGCAUGGGCAUAGGAUCCUUUCUUUGUGAAUUUAUCAAUAGACUUACGUUGGCCGCUCAGCAGUGUCCCAAUGUGUGGGAUGAUCCAAGGGCCAUCUCCAAUCUUCUGCAAUCGUUGACCGAAAACCUUUGGGGUAUAGAAAUCGAUGCGUUCGCGUUCCACCUCUGUAAACUUAAUAUCACGAUACACAUGUUACCUUUGUACAAACGUUUCCACCACUUGUCACUUUCCGAUGAUCUUAAAUUGGCCCGGUUGCAUCUUUUCUGCAAUGACACCCUGAAUUUGUACCUCAAACCGGAGCGCGCAUGGGAACACGACAAUCUGUGGUUACUGCGCUCCCCUCAACGUCUCAAGUUUGAUUACAUCGUCACCAAUCCGCCUUACAUGAUUCGAAAGACCGGAUUCAUCUCGGAGCCCGACAGUGAACUCUUCGACGAGCGCGUGUUGGGAAAAGGUGGUAUGCAAGCCUACGCCUAUUUUUUCUGGUUCUGCGUGGAAAGGUGCAAAGAGGAAACCGGUGAGGUCUGUCUUAUAAGCGGUAGAGUGCGAUGUGCGAGCAGCAAAAUUGAUGCGCAAAUUCUUAUGACCAAAUUUGCGAGUCAAUGGAUGGGUCUGGAAUUCGCGGACAAGCUAAGAGCAUGGUUGUGGCAGAAAUGUCAUCUCGUGGAGUUCUUUCAAUUCGAACCGUUCAAGGUGUGGCGAAAGAUACAAACCGACUCUUUAAUCUUUCGCUUGCGUCGUCGGAGUGAGCCCCUUCUGUCGAAUGGCACAUCCCUCGUUCGACCGUCCAACGUCGUUGACUCAUCCAUCCGCUUCCUACGUUACAUGAACCGCAAGGCAAGCCUCCAGGAGACACUACAGGCCUACUCUACUUUCGACCCGAACUUAAAUUCGUUUGACAAGGAGAUGCACUACAAGAUAACGCUACCUUACCCUCACACUCAGCUCCCAUCGCCGACCAACUCCUUCUCGUUCACCUUCCUGAUGCCGAUUUCUGCUGUGAGUGCCUACCUUGACACAAUUACUGUAAAUCUCCCUUCCUUGUGCGACCAUUCAAGCAUGAAGCCUACGUGGCUUGAACGUAAUCCUUUAAUUUGGCACAGGGGCCCUAACACGAAUCCCGUGUACGCGCUCGUUGUUCGUACCUCAUGGGCAUAUUCUAAAUUUGGUCAAGAUGUGUGCAAGGUUUGGUUGCGUCCGGUGUUUUAUUGGAAUGGCAAGAAUGGCGGCAAAGAGGCCGAGUUCUGGCAGAAAAUGGGAGACGAAUUACGCCUCGAGAAGAAGGAGAACUCGCCCGCGGAAGCAUAUGUACCUUACCUCUCACCUUCUUACAAAGAUGGAUCGGACAAACAAGAGAAAUCCAUGUACUCAUUGAUCAUGGUGGAUCGUGACGCGGUGGAAAAGGUGCGCAAGGAGGUUGGCGAGGACAGCGAAUUCUGGCGUUACCUCAAGGAGGCCAGAAAACACCUGCAGACCGGCAUGACCUCACGAGAAGUCGCAUAUUGUGGAACCAGCAAAUGCGGAAUUGAUGUGCGCACGAAGAUCAUACAUCCCAUUAACUAUGGAUACUUCUCCAAGAACCAGCCAAGGCAACGAUUCUUCAUCGAUGAAAAUAGCGUUUGCGUGACAAACCAGCAAACUACACCGCUUCCUCCUUACUUCUUUCUUGGAAUACUCAACUCAACCACCAUUCAGCACUUUCUUUCGCACCACUGCAAGUAUGACCAACAGGGGCGCAUGCGCCUCUUCCGCGAGAACAUGGCAAAAAUUCCGUACGCUGCGCCAACGGACGGUACGGGUGUUGAUUGGUUCAUCCGAUGUACGUCAAAGAUGACACAGGUUCGUAAAAUGCUCUACGAGGGAAUUAGCUUAUGCGAGGACGAGGAGAAGGUCGGAAGCGCGGUGGUGGAAAAACUUCGGAGGGGUGCGUGGCAAUUGAUAGGUCGAGAGUGGCAAGAAAAAGAGAGCGAUGCGUUUGAUGAUGAAACCAUAGUUUUAAAGGAAGAACAAGAAGGAAAUUGGGUGAUGGUAAAACAAUGUCGAGGUCGAGGAGACGAAUACUCGUUGUACCCCGAUACUGGAGAGACUUCGUCGUCGCCUAGAUAUAACGACGUUCGGACUCCUGGAUUUCGUGACUAUCCGUCUUCGGGGGCCGCCGCUUUCAACGACCAACGAAUCAACACUGGAAACACGAGAACACAUUUGAUGAAACCUUUUUUUGAAUCCCUUUUACACGCCUCAGCCUGUCUUCAGUACGCGAUAGACCAAUAUACAUAUUCACUGUAUGGCAUACAUACCGAAUUUCAGAUAGCGCUAGAAGAAGAACUAAAAUUAGAGAUAUUCGAGGCCAUCAUCACCAAGUUUCCCCGUUGGAAUGGUGCAAAUAGCAACAGCGUUCCCGGCGGAGUGGAAACCAAAGGAGCCAUACCAGAAUGGGGGGAAAGACUAUUAGUAGAAGUCGAACAAGCGAUCGAAGGUGGUCAGCUCUUAUUAAGACAGAAAAGAACGACUAUGGUGGAGAGCGGACGUUAG